UGCGGAGGUUGUCUUUUCUUGAUUUCGCAUGGACGGCUGAUUAGGUGUUUUGUCUUCACCUCUUCACGAGCCGUUACACAAGCGACCCCGACCGUGACCUUCGUCAGCGCGUCGCAAAUGAACGACCCCGCGCCUUCUCAGGAUGACCCCCAGCAGCGCACCAGUCAACGAAUGUCCUACCAAGCUCCCACUAGAGCGAGCUUAGCCAGAUCGCAUCCCAUCCUUCUCGAGACUGAGAAUAAUAAGUCUCCGGCGAAAACCAUGCAGAAACCGAAUCAAGCCCGAACGAGAGCGCUCGGUCUACGAGACCGCAAGGCACUGAGACCGUCCUUGACCUCGACUGCCAGCCCUCUGGGCUCCCUCAAGGGUAGCAAACAGUCGCCUGCAUCAUCCCUUUCUGGCCGUCGCUCUAGCGGUCUGGCUGCUUUUGCGGCGCCUCCAAGGCGAGUCUCAACAAGAAUUACUGCCUCCGAUCUCGUGUUCCGGUCCCCAUCUGCAUCCCAACAGAGUACAGAAAAAUUACCACCACCUACCGAUACCCCGGAAAACCAAUUGGCGUCGGAACUGGACAGCGCGACCGGUGAUAUAGAUGCGAAUGAGGCUUUACCACAACCGUCAUUCCAGGACAUCCUAGACGAGCCAGACCUGCCACCGACGCCGACCCAGUUGGGCCUGGAACGGCCUCCAGGGCGGCCAAAAGGACUUCUAAGCAGUAGCCCGAGCUCGCAACAGGGAAAGUGGGGGAAAAGAAGGAAUACAGAUGGUCGAGAACAAAGCCCGUCAAAGCUGAGGAAAGUCGACUAUGGCGAGGCAGGAGAAUCCGCGGAUUCAGGCCUCUUGUUGGAUCGGACUUCCUUACCGGAGGAGAUUUUGACGAAGCGCAAAUUGAAGAACAAACUCGCUUCUGAACUACAGCAAUUGAGGAACGAAAUCUCGGAACUGGAGACGUGGUCGAAAGACCUGGCGCAAGAUGAAGCCGGUGAUGAGCGAGGAUUGACCGGGUUAAUUACUUUGUUAACAGCAACGAAUCCUCCUCAAUCGACUCCAACGGUCUCAGGGGAAACCUCCAUAUCGUCUCUCAUCUCUUCAUUACUCCCUUUUGCCACCAAGGGACCCCCGAAACCCCCGCCCGAGGCCCCUCCAGUGAACCCAUUUGCGCUUGGAGAGCAUGCGCAAACAGAAGCAUAUCUAACAGCCCUUGCGCCGUUACAGCUUACGGCGUACUCUGAAACCAUACCUAAUUCCACCCCCAACCUUGUCUUGGAGAGACAUACUCUCCAGUUUUCCGCCCCGCCUCCCUUCCCUUCCAACCGCUACAAAGUAUCUGUAACCUGCGACGUCAACCCAGAAACACAAAGCUUGGUCUCCAUAUCAUUUGCUUCACAGGCGAAUGGAGAAGAUACAAGGACCCCAGAGGAUCUACGGCGUUGGAUCGACACCAGGCUUGCCAAUCCAUUGCUUAAGCUAGAUGUCACAGGUCUGUGCUGGGGCAUUAACCGAUACUGGGAGGCCAUGGUAUCGCGUGCUGAGUUAUGGUUACACAUGGAGGAGCAACAUGCAGAAUUAAUCAGUGGACAUGCGAAACGGGACCAGGUGACUAAAUCGAAGAGCGCAAGCUCGCAACCCCUUGGCAUGUCAGAACUGCGUCAAAUUCUCCCGCACCUCGAGCGCACGUCUAUGCUCUUCGAAUCCAAGAGCGGCUCACCGAAAGUUCUUGUGUCAUGCCAAUUAACACUGGACGAGUGGACAAGUGAGCCACAACUAGCACCGGGACUCAGCGUUUCUCUAUUAUCCGAGUUCGACAGCGGCUCCAGGCGCAAGGUGGAUCAGGAAUCCAAACGCCUGUUCCAAUCCAUCUUGAAUCCGAACGAGAACAACCAAGCUGGAAGUAGCGGCAGCGGAGUCUCUGCUAGCACAAUUCUAAGAGCUACAGACUGCGUCUUGCGCGCUUUGCUCAGUACUAACUCCAAGAAAUGAAUACCCGGAUCAUAUAUGACAUAAUCAAGUGCUAGUUUAGUUGGAAUAGACGGAUGUCAAAGGCGUUUUCCUCAAUUUGGAUGGGAUGGGAAGCGAUAGGGGGUUGUCGACGUCGGCGUCGUCGGCGAAUUAGUUCAGCGGUCUUUGUCAAUUUAUCGAAUCCUUCGGGUUUACUUUCUUUUCAUGUAAUAUAUACGCUCCUGACCUGGCAUCUCAUGCCCGGUGAAUUCAUUGGAUAUGGAUC